AUGAUGUCACGGAUUCCCUUGGCAAAGCACCUUACUUGGCAAGGGGCUCUGAACUUCUUUAACGGACAAUGCACGCCGACCGGAGAUGGCAAGUACAUGUCCUUCAACAAACCUGUUGACUCGCAUCCUGAUUGCAGUGCGCAGGGUGCAGUUGAUGUUGGUGAAGGUGCUGAUGUGGCAUAUGAGGAGAGAUACUACAUGCAGUUCUACAAUGAUAACGGCUGCCGAAAUCCGUAUCAGGUGACAUCUACGAGUACCUUCCAGUACAACAAGUACCAAUGGAGAGUCUACAGAGGGUCACAGCAUUGUUUGGACUACGUGGAUGCAAGUGAGCGUGACCCGAAUUUCACUGCUGCAGUCAUCAAUUCAGACGUCAACAACUUCAAACUUAUGUGUGGCAACAUGGAUGGCCUUGGCAAUGGUGUAUUGGUCAGACGGCAUCAAGGCAGUGUGUGCUCUGGAAUAUCUCAAGAUGCAGUGUACUGGAGAGAUUUGUUCUUUCCGAUGAAUCUGUACAUGUUGCAAGAUUUCUUCAAUGGGGAAUGCGUUGCCUGGGGCAACAUGUUCGUGAAGUUUGACAAACCGUGGAAUUCGCUGCACUACCCUGACUGCUCACAGAAUGCAUGCAAAUCUGGCUAUUGCUCUGGAGGACGACUUCAGCAAGAGUAUACUGGUGCUUCCCCUUACACAGGAGAUAUCAGGACACCCAUGACACAAGCACAGACCAUUCCAAGCAAUGCAGAGGUGGAGCAGAAGUUCAUAGUGGAGCCUCUGAGUGAGACUCUUUCGAAAACCUCACCCUUGCUGAGCAGCUUUGAUAGGCUGUACAAGUGGCAAAGGCAAAAGCAAAGCCUAGUAGUCUGGACCUUCAAGACGGGCUUCAUGAAAGCACACGAGGGCUUGAGGGUAGCAAAACCGAAAGCGAGGAAGUGGGACUCAAAGGAUAAAGGUGCAAAGAUCACGAAGUGCGAUGCAGAAGAUGCCUGGUCAUUUCUGCGCGAUUCGCCGAGAAGGCAGAGCAUCAGCACCAAUCUUAGGGAGCAAUGCGAGCAAUGUGAUGCUCAAGUGGCCUUGAGAACGCAGCUGUUAGAUUUCUACAACGAGAUGAAGGACGUUAGAGAGGCAACUCGCACUCAGAUACGAAAAAUUCCCUUUACUGCUGCAACUCGUGCCUGUCGCGCAGCCAGGAAGGCAAGAAAGCGCCGCCCUAGCCUCACGUCAAGAUUCGUCAAGAUGGAUGAACCUGAACCGCUCGCGCCAGAUGUCGAGCUGACAGAGGAAGAGCAAGAAGAGCAAACACUGCUGCUGGAGGAUGCUGUGGAUCUUUCUGAAGCCGGCGACUUGCCCGGUGCUCUGAAAAAACUCACGGCAGCGAUAUGCAAAGGUAGUGCCUCAUGUUUGAUGUACUGUCGGAGGGCAGAAGUGUUAUUGAGGCUCAAGCGCCCUCAUGCGUCCAUCCACGACUGUGCUGCCGGUUUGGCGUUGAAGUCAGACUCUGCAAAGGCAUUCAAGAUAAGAGCCCGUGCGCAUGCUCAGCUUGAGAACUGGAAGGAGGCACAUGCAGAUUUUCGAGAAUCGUUGAGCAUCGACUUCGACGAGGCCAUAGAAGAGGAAACCAAGAUGGUGGAGUCCAAGCUGGCCAGAAAGGAUCUACAGCGCUGGGAAGUGGUUGGUGGCGCCGAAAAGGGUGGAGUAGUGGUGCGACAGGGAGUGGAGCUGAAAUCCUCAGAGGCUUCUUGCCGUCUCUCAACCGGAGCGAUUGUGGAGGAGUUGGAGUUGGUCGGAGAGCGCUUGAGAUACCGUCGCCUGAGUGGCACAGGGCCAGAUGAAGGAUGGAUUAGCAUCUCAUUGAAAGACAAGGUGUUGGCCUGCAGAUUGUCGAGUGAGACUGUGGAUUCCGUAGAUGUGGAGGCAAACCAGGACGAGCCACCUUUCCCGGAGAUGGCACCAGAGCACGUCCAGGAACUGGACGACCAGGCCCUCGACAAGCAACAGGAGUUGAAAGCAGCAAGCGCAGAACUGGCGGAAGAACAGAACUUUGAGCAGGCAAUGAACAAAUUGACCGAGGCCAUCGCGAUCGGAUGCGCAACAGCGCUGAUGUAUGGCAGGCGCGCUGAGCUCUUGAUGCGCUUGAACAGACCUCGAGCUGCACUGCAAGACUGCGGCCGGGCAUUGGAGCUGAACCCGGACUCUGGCAAAGCCUACAAAACCAGGGCGCGGGCAAAUGCGAAGCUGAAGCACUGGGCAGCAGCUCAUGCUGAUUUUCAGGAAGGGCUGAAGAUAGACUAUGACGAUGCCACCUACGAGGAGUCAUUGAGCGUUGCGGCCAAGAUGAAGGAAAUCACCGCUGUUGCCACAGCCCGCCGAGUCAAAGAGGAGGCAGACAAAGAGCGGAAGCAGGCAAAGAAGCUGCACGCCAGGGAGCAGGAGCUGCGAGAGCAACGUGCUCGUCAGCAGCACGAGCAGCAGAAGGCGGAGGCAGAUGCAGCAAGAGCCAAGGAAGAGCAGGCAGCGGCGGCAAAAGCACAAGUACUCAAUGAUCCUUUGCUACGGGGCCUUCAUCAACGUGCAAAGAAGAAUGGUUUCUUGGACGUCAAUGGAAGUUUACUUGCGUUGGGCAGCUGGCAGCAGAGUAAUAGGGUAGGCUCCUGGUUUUUUCUGACUGGCCUGGUGGUGCAAGUUACGGCAGGAGUGGGCGUCCUUUCUGACCGUCCCUAUUUGGACCUUACAGAUUCUAUUUGGGACUUUUGCACUCCUGCUACUGACAACCAGACCAUUGCUUUCAGGGGGACGACUCCUGGCGACUGCUCCUCGUGGUUGUGCUUUUUGCUCUCAUCGAACAACAAGCAGAACUGGGGGUGGGCUCCCCUGAACUUGCUGGCCUGUAAUUUUCUUGGAUUUUGCAUUGCGCUGGUACAGACAGGUUCCUUCAAUUGUUGGUGUGUCAUUGCGAUUUUUUCAUUUGCGGCAUUGGUGGCAAUUCAAUCCUUGAUUCCAACACUGACGAAAGUUUUUGCUGCCACGACACUGACUUGCACUGUUUCAGCACUUCCAAAGCCGUGUUCCUCUGCGUAUCUUGAGAGGGCUUCAACAGACAAACAACCUGGUGGCAAGCCUGGUCCCAAGUCCAGGCGUCAGCUCUCCUUUUGGUUUUGCACCUGUGCCUUGUUGGCUUGGCACGCCUUUAUUCACAUGGAGGCUGACAGGAGCGAGGGUUACAUCCCAUCCAUGGGGGAUGUUGGAACGUCCUAUAACUGGACUGACCACCUCACAUCAUAUGCAGACGUGAAGCAACAUGGAACGCAGCCACCAAUGCGCAACCGCGCACAAAUUACGCCGAAACCCAAGCCACACCCCAAGGUGGUCAAAAGAAGUUUGCACCGUGCACAAAGGAGAGCACAAGCUCAAGGUAUGACCUGGUACAGAGGCAGAUGCAUGCUACCAGAUGAUUUUCUUCGAAUGGGUAUGAAACCAAUCACCGCUGUUUUGACACCACUGAAGCCUCCUGACGUCACCCACUGCCAUUCACACAACGCGCCCAAAAAGCGCUUGCUUUGCGCAGCUUGGAACGGAGGGGGCCUUGCCAAUCACAGACUGGACGAGUUGAAACUUUGGCUCCAUACGCAGAGAAUUCAGGUAGCGGUGAUCUCAGAGACAAGAUGGUCUUUUCAAUCCACAUGGAGUGACACAGCCUGGCAUCAUGUGCACAGCUCCGACCCCUCCAACCGUGGCUCGGGUGUGCUGAUCCUUAUUGCCAAAAGCCUUUGCAGUGCCGCCAAUCUCAGAUGGAAUGAAUUGGUCCCUGGCCGUUUAGUCCAUGUCCGUCUCAUGAUGUCCACCCGCAACAUUGACAUCCUGGGGUGCUACCAACAUGUGUUUACUAGGGACCCGACCUGCCUGCAGAAGCGCGAGACCUUUUGGAAAGCAUUGGAUAGCCUUCUCAUGCAGCUACCUAAUAGGAACACCAUGGCCUUGCUAGGAGACAUGAACUGCAGCCUGCCGCAGUCGCAGGGAAUCUGCAGCACAGCCUGCUUCCGCUGGCAGAGCAAGAUGGUCCCAGGUACCAUCCACCCUGAUGCCAAUCGUUUUCUCGGUUUGAUGAAACAGCAUGGCCUGGUAGCUUUGAAUACAUGGGAUUCCAGCCAGGGCCCUUCCUAUGCAUCCAUCAGCGGGGUUAGUAGGAUUGACUACAUAUGCACCCGCAAGCAAUUGGCCGACGGGAAAGCACGAGACACCCAGUUUGCCUAUCACCUCCGCCGCAUGAAGUUCGAAGAGCUCCUGCAAGAGGAAAGAAGCCUGUUAAUUGCAUUUGUCCGUGACACUUGGAGAGGGGAUCCAUUGCCCAUGCCAGCACCUGGACCACCGACCGGUGUGCCCUUCACCAUCCAGGACCUUGUGGCAGCGUUGAAACUGAUCCCAACUGGGAAGGCUGUUGCUGCUCCCUGCGCUCCUGGGCCCACCUGGAACUCCACGGCUGACAUGAUUGCACCGGUUUUGUAUGCCAUUUUGAAUCGAUGGUGGAGCCAUGACACACCCUGGAUACCAGUUUCAUGGCGUUCUGGAUGGCUACAAUUAAUCCCUAAACCCAAUAAGCCACCUGUUAGACCUGCUAAUUUAAGACCCCUAGCAAUGAUGUGCCCACUGGGCAAAGCUGUCAUGGGCCUGCUGAUCCAAAUGGCCUCACGGCAAGCCGAUGAUGAGUUCCGCCGAUGGCCGAUUUGGGCCUUCAUGGCCCACCGUUCGACACAGGAUCCACUGGCCAAAGUUGCCUUGCAUUGCAGGGCUGCGCGCCAACUGGUGCUUUCCCAAAGAUCAACCCCACACUCCAGGGCCAUGCAGACACACCGCAUGCCCAUAUGCGGUGGCUUACAGGUGUUUAUUGAUCUGGAAAGGGCCUUUGACAGUGUCAACAGGGUUAAGUUAUUCCAAAAACUCUCAACCCUGGGGAUUGAUUGCAACAUCACACGCAUCCUGCAUUGCUGGCAUGUGGACACUGCAUAUUUUGUCUCCCACGAUGGCGAAAGCGUCCCUGUACAGGUGCAGAAAGGCCUGAGACAAGGGUGCAAGGGUGCCCCGUUCCUUUGGAACAGCCUCAUGGUAUUGAUGUUACACGAACUCCAGACACACCUGCCAUACACAUGGAUCUGUGAUCAUCUUACCAUUUAUGCAGACGAUUGUCAUAUUGGUGGCUUGUUCACAAAUGGGACGGAACUCGACUUUCUUCUCAGGGCCAUUGGCAUUUUGUUUACAACCCUUCAUGAGUUUGACUUGAAGCUGAACCCGCAGAAGUCAGCAGCCAUCCUUGCACUACAUGGGCCGAAGAGCAGACAGACGCGUGCCAAGCUUUUGCACAGAGACCACUCAGGCGUGAAGAUAAAAAUCCCCAUGCCAAACGACACACACAUGCUGAUUCCCAUGCAAACACAGACAACAUACCUUGGCUGCAUCAUGGGAUACGGACAGUUUGAGGACUCCACGACUUGGCACAGAGUGAAGUUGGCAUGGAUCGGUUUCCAACGCCUGCGCAAAUGGCUCUGCAGCAACCAUCUUUUUCCUUUGCGGCAUAGGUAUCGAUUGUGGAGAGCUUGCAUUGUCCCUAUCAUGACAUAUGGAGUUUUUGCAGUAGGCACUACACCCAAGGGCAUCCAGCACAUGCUGACACAACUUGGCAAGAUGACCAGAUUGAUUGCACGGGACCAUGCCCAUCACACUGGCCACACCAAUGAGUUUGUGUAUAGUCACUUUUCAUUGCCGCGCCCGGCCGAUGUGCUGACCACUGCUGCUGACUCCUUGUUGCAGCCAGUUGCCCAGAGACAACUGAUCAUGCGAGACAAUGAUAUUGCGCGACGGUUGGAUUGGCACCAUUUGCUCACCAUCAGCCAGUUGAUUGAAACUGCCCAGGCCACCCUUUUGACAUUGCGUGCUGAGACUGCUCUCUCUGGUGAGGUCCGAGGCACAGAAUUUGCAUAUCACUGUCAGAUGUGCCAGUUUGGCACCAAUGACACCUCAGCAUUCCGCCGCCAUUGUACCACCAUGCAUGGAGUCAAGAUGUUUAGGACACAUGACACCACACUUGCAUUGCAUGCCACAGCCGGCUUACCCCAAUCUAAGCAUUGCAAUUUCAUUUUUUCAACAUGGAGAUCGUUUCGAAUCCACAUUGAACGUGGUUGCCAGGCGAUUCAUCUGGGCCCACCUCCUUGCGCUGGUGCCAACAUUCGAAUGCCACCCCGUCAUGAGACCUCUGGAUCAGGCCAUGCACUGAGGGGCACACACCUUCUGACAACAGCUGACCUUGCCCUUCUGCGCAGUAAGCCUUGGGGUGACCGUGUUUUAAAGUUGAUUGCAGAUGAUGCGUUGGAACGUCUGGAACAUGAGCACGAGGCUUGCCAGUUUUUGUCGCGAUGCUGCUUCUUGUGCGGGCUUCAAGUGCACCGUGCACAGGACGCUCAACUUCACUUCAAAACAGAACACGCAGAAUAUUGGACCCAUGUUCCUCAAAAGGCGAUUGUAUUGACCAAUUUGCAUUCGGACACGCCAUGUGUGCAUUGCGGGAGCCCUUUCCGCACACACACUUGCUUGGUCUGGACUCAGAUAUCAAUCAUGAUAUUGCACGGCGGAGGACUGACGCUCUCCGACGCUGACAUGCAGCCUGAACUGGUUCAACGCUGCGACAUCUGCCAUGAGGUCUUCCCAGAUGCUGCUCGGUUGACUCAACACCUACAGCAACAACAUAGGCUUGCUGGCAUUUCUUUCAACGCAGCCAGAGACUGUUUGGACGCCCAGGCGGCGUGCGCGCAUUGUGGAGCACCACAUGCCUCCCUGGAAAGCCUUCGCAGCCACAUAUGCCAGGGCAGGUGCCCGAUGUUCAACCCCAUGGCUACAUCGGAGACCAAGCCCAUCACCCAGGCCAUGUUUGACAUUUGCAUCCAAGGAGAGCUUUUCCAACAGUUGAGAGCGCCGAUGACCAGGCUUCAUUUGACCCUGCGUUGCUUGCAUUGCCCACAGGUCUACAAGAGAGCAUGCGACCUGGCAAACCACCUGAUGUCCAAUCACUCCCGCUUAUGGAGGCAAGCCCAAGGUUUGACACUCCUGCUGGUCGAACUUGUUUUUGCCAGACAUGGAUGCCAAUGCAACCCACAGAUCAACCAGAUCCGCAACAAUCAUAUCUGCCUGCCUUUAAGGCAGAUUGCCAUGGCCUUUUGUCGAAUGGAUCCAGCCCCAUUCAUGCCGGUGCAGAUCACGGAACAGGCCUUGAUCCAAGUUGCACAUCCAUCCAUUCCCAGAGACAAGCGUUUCAUUUUGACACAGCUCCUUGCCAAUCGUGACUUUCGAGCUCUGUGGACUCAACCUGAGGCCCUCGACAUGCUACGCAAUGCCUGCGUGCUAUGCGGCCAGACCAUCCAGACGGGCAUGCUGAACCGCCACCUGCAUGAGGCCCACCUGACUGGACAUCAGUUUGUAGAAUUCUACAGCAGCACUUUGCUGCUGCUUUUGCAUGCCAGUCUCAGCACCGACUACAAAUGUGACCUUUGCCUGCAGAUUUUCAACUUGCCUAUCACUGACCCUGAUCUGAUCGACAACAGUCGGCUCGAACUGGUUCAAACACACCUGCGUGGAAAUUGCCCGGUAGCCUUGCAGUGUGCGUUGAUCCUCAGCACCAUCCUCAAUGGAGGGCGACUCGGUGAUGAAUGGAUGGGACGAGAGUUCUCUUGCCCAAAUCCGAGAAACAUACCAGUUCUUGACCCCCCUGCUGGACAAGUCACUCAAGCUGCAGCCGAAUCCCAAGCCGCAGAAGAGUCGCAAGACGGAACAGCACCCUCGGGGCGAGCCAGCCGAUCAAGAUCAGCACGGCCAAGAUCCAACACAGCUUCUCAGGUACCUGCAAGCCUUGGGUCAGCUGGCCCUCCGUCACGAGCACAACUGGAAUCUGAUGCAAAGCACAGAUUGUUUUAUCCUGUUCUUUCAGCAAGACCAGGAAAGUGCCCUCCAGGGACUGCUGACGGCGACUCAAGAGUGGCAACAACAGAGGCAAUCGAACCCUUCGACCAUGACCUCAACGCUGCGCCAACACCUGUGCCAGCACCUCCUGCAGGACCUUCUCAAUCGAACGACGAAGGUUUCCAAGAGCAAGCCGGGGGAGGUCCUGUACCAGGCCUGUCGAGAUCGCAACCUGAUCCUGGAGGACAUGAGCUGGCCUUAUCUGCGAUGGGACCCGACCAAAAAGAGCCUCACUGUGGACAAGAAGAAAUCUGUGCAGAUGAACAAGAUGCUGGAGCACCUGACGGAGCUGAUCGAGGAAUUUCGAGACCCGACACUGGUGGUCCGAUUCCAGGGCCUGAGCACCAGUCAAGCACAGGCCACAGUCCCAUGGAAGCUACAGCUGAAUCUGCGCAGCAACCGCCCUUACGACCUGAUGAGGGAACUGACACACUCGUCAGUGUGGCUCCUGGCGGGCACCUCCCUGAAAGUCCAUUCGAUGCAGCAGAGCGGGCUGGCGAAGCAGGUUCAACAACUCCUCCCGUUGAACCACAAGAGCAAAGGAGCUGGGAAAUCCAAGAGCAAGGGCAAGAAGUCACCGGAGAGCUGACUCCUGAGACGAUCCAUGCGCUCAGAGUUCUGGUGUCGCACAUGACGCUGCGCAAUGACACCAACUGGUGCUAUGCAAACACGACGAUGUAUGGUUUGCUUUGGACUCUCCUGAGCCUCAAUUCAUGUGAGGCUUUUUCAUGGGGGCCGCAUUUCAAGCCACUGAUGCAGUUCAUUUUUGCCAGCAAAGACAUUUCACUUGCGCUUAUCCAUUUUCCAUGGUUUGUUCAGUUGCUUGAAACUUGGGGUUUCACACAAGCCCAGCAAGACUGCAGUGAGUUUGUGCGAGCAGCCAUCCUCUGGCUUGACUCACCUGAAAUCGACCUGAAAUGGGAACGCAGAUUUGAACAUGCAGGGACCACACGUUGCCAUGAUUGCAGCCAUGCAUGCAUGCCAGUGAUUUUGCAAUUUACACCACAGCUGAGUACCAUGGAUGUUUGCAAACUUGAUGACCUGCUGCACCAUUGGCACCAGGCAAAUGGAAUGCGUGCCGCCUUGCUUCGAGCAGCGCCCAUAGUGUGCAUCCAUGUUGACAGACUGACUGCCUCCGAGACUGGCCAGAUCGAGAAAAGCAGUUGCGCGAUUGAAUUGGAUGCAGAGACAACGAUUCCUGUUUUCAAUGCGACAGGCACUGAUUGUGAACCAGUUAGUUACCUUCCAAUUGCAGCAGCCUCCCAUCAGGGCUUGGACCAAGCAGGUCACUAUCAGGCCCUUUUGAAGAUUCAGCCCACGGUGCUGUCUGCACAUCCUGUGCAGUGGCUGCUGACUCAGGAUAAUCAGCAGCCGCAGGCAUGCUGGGAAAUUCCGACCGGCUUCCGUGAGAACCUGACAGUGAUAUGGCUGAUCAAGGCUGACAAUAUCCAGGUUCCAUUUUAUGUGCCGCCUGACAUCCAGGAAUCACCAGUUGACUUGGAAGCGCAGAUUUUGACGUUGCUUCUACUUAUUGUCCUUUUUGGAGCUGACAUCAGGGGUGAGGGUUGUGGACGACCCAUGGCGUCCACUGAAGUGCCACUUCCACAAUGGGCGACAGAUUUCAUUCGAGAUGGCACAAAGCAACAUGGGACGCGGCCAGCACUUCGCUUAGCUCAUCUAAGCUGGUCACCCACCGAUAGUUUUGUGAAAAAGAGAAGCAUGAAGAGAGCAUACGCUCGAGCUUGUCGCGAUGGAGUCUGCUGGUACAAAGGACGCUUGGUGCACAUGCAGCUGCGUAUUCAACCGCGCCCAUUGGACUUUGUGGCAUGCUACCAAUUUUGUUUUGCUCCUACCCAGGCUAGACUACAAGAACGCAAACGAUGGUGGGAUCAGUUCUCAGCACUUGUUGGGAACAUUCCCAAUCGACAUGUCCUGACCAUUGCUGGGGACUUCAACUGCUCCCUGCCUGCUGCACCUCCUCACACAGGUACACCUUUCACUGAAGCUGAUGUACAGCAGGUCCUAGAGAGCAUACCGCUCACAAAGGCUGUGGCACCAGGAGAUCUAUUUCAUGAUGAACAGGAGCUCAUGCAAAUCUUGAACUCAUUUGCCACCAUUCUGGCCAUGUUGUCUUCAUAUGGUUUUCAGAUCAACGCAGCAAAAUCACAGAUUCUGAUCACUAUGACCGGGUCUUCCAGUUCCAGGGUCAGACAACAACUGUUUGUGCGGCAGAAUGGGACUGACAUGCUGCAGAUUGAAAAUGAGCAACACUCCUUUUGUAUUCCAAUUGCGACAAGUGCCAAAUACCUGGGAGCGGUGAUCAGCUACACCAAUUUUUCUGACUGCACGGUGCAACAUCGCAUUCGGUUGGCUGAGAUUGCUUUUUACAGACUCCGAAAAUGGCUCACAGGCAAACAUGGAUUGGCUCUCACGGACAAGAUGAGACUUUGGCACACCUGCGUCAAACCCAUUGCACACUAUGGGAUUUUCUGCACAGGUCUCACUACAAAAGGCAUCCAUUUGUUGAACACGAUGACCACGAAAAUGUUGCGUAGAAUUCUACAUGAUCAUGCCUUCUACACCCAUCACACCAACCAGCAAGCUUUUGAGCACCAUGACCUUGACUCACCGACCUUGAUGCUAUGGCGCAGUGCUGACGGCUUGUACAAGUCAGUAACCCAGAGAUGUCUUACCUUGCGGGCUCAUGACAUGGUACACACACUGGAUUGGUCUUGCUUACUUGACGUGCAAGCACUGCUCAUGGAACAUCAAUGGACAGGUUCACAGCAGAGCCCACUGCCUUUGAUCACAAUUGACAAGGACUUCAGGUCGUGCACAGGAAAUGCACAGACACCUGAGGCUAUUUCAUGCCCCUUACUGGCCGAUGGUGAUGGCAAAGAGCACUCAGCUGUCGUUAGUCUCUUGCUAAUCUAUGGUGCUGGCCGAUUGACUGAUUCCAAUGUUCCAUGUUCACCAGCCAUGCAGUGUGAAAUUUGUGACCAACACAUGGACAGUGCUGAACAGUUGCACUUGCACUUGGUCAAUGACCAUAACUUGGCCAGCGCUCGUUGGAACCCCAGCAGGGACUCCAUUGAUGGAGGAUCUGGUUGCGCACACUGUGGUACCAUCUUCAGUAGUUUGGAGUCACUGAGAUCUCACAUUGCUCAAGGCAGAUGCAGGAGCUUCGAUCCUUCCCUUUCUUGUGAACCCAAACAGAUCACUGAACUGGUCAAACAGGCGCUCACUCAGGGAGGUCUCACUGAAGCCCUGCAGAACUCUCACUGGCGUAUGCAGAUGCACACUGUCCUGGCACGCUGCAGCUUGCCAUUGUCCUGUGCCGCAUCUACAAUGAUGGACGACACCGCCAUGACGGACAGUAUGGAUGCCUCACAGCAGGUUCUGGCGGCAUUCCAACAACUGGCUCCCCUGAUGGGUGUGAAGAUGGAUCCAGAUCUCAACCUGCAGCCCAAUCCCAAUCAGCCGAAACGAGCCAAAAAAGACGUCGUACCGGCAAGAAGGAUGGUCAAGCAGGAGGAGGGAACUAUCAACCUCCAGGAGACCAUUCUGUUGAUGGCCAGAAUCCUGGUUCGACACGACCAAGCGCUGCAGGAGGCCCAGAGAGAAACAGCCUUCCUUUUCUUUUUCAACAACAAGGCGCCAACCGGGUCACUGAAGUGUCUAGUGGCAGCGGCGGAACAAUGGCACCAUCAGGCGACACAGCAGCCACGCCCAACACCGUGGCAACCGCUCCGCCAGAGACUCUUCCAAGCCUUGCUGGAAGACCUUCUGACAAGGCUGACCCAGCUGGGGGAAUCAGAUCCGAACUCACCACUGGUGAAGGCUGCCCAGAUGAACAAUGUCCUGUUGCCGGACAUGACAUGUCCAUUUUUGGAGUGGGAUGCAACGCAGAAGAAGCUCAAGGUGGGCUCCAAACCUCCGAUCUCUCUGAAAAAGAUGGUGGAGAAUGUGAAAGAGCUGAUCGAGAUGAACACCGAGGUGAGCCUGGUGCAAUCAUUCCAUGCCCUUCCGAUGACCGGAGAGACGACUCCCUGGAAAUUGACUCUCAGCAUGAGGGCAGACAGGGAGUACUGGCUACUUCGAGCCAUGUGCGGGUCCAGCAUAUGGGUGUUGAUGGCAACCAGUCUCAAGGCUCACUCUCUGAACCAAAGCACACUUGCACAGCAGCUGACCAAACAGUUGCUUCUGGAUGUCCUCUCCCAUGCGACAUUGGCCAAUCCAAACAACUGGUGCUUUGCCAAUUCAGCGUUGACCUCCUUCAUGUGGUGUACUCUGAGCCUUAAAGAUUUUGAUUUGGGCUUCUGGGGCAAGCAUUGCAAUGCAUUACAUGAGUUUGUUGUCAAUUUGGAAACCACCAUGGGCAAUCUCUCAGGUGAAACCUGGUUCAAUGAUGUGCUGCAAUGCUGGGGUAGACAGGAACGGACCACUGCUUUUGGUCCCAUCUCUCAACAUGAUGCGGCUGAGUUCAUCGGCUCAUGGUUGGAUCAGCUUGGGGCGCAACCGUGUGACAUGCGAUGGGAAAGAAGGAUUGAAGCUGAUGGCAUUGCACAUAAGGUGGAUGAAAGCUCAGCCACUCUUCCCUUAUUUUUGCAAUUCACAGAAGUGCUUCAACAGUUGCCCAGAUGCUCAUUGACUGAUCUCUUUAGGCGCUGGCAUCAACUGGACGGCAUGAGGGCGGCUCUGGUGCAGCCCUCUCAGGCGCACCUGGGCUCAGAUCAAGCUGGACACUAUAGGCAUGUAACCAUCCUAUGGCUUGUGCGUGGUGACAAAUGUGAGCUGCCGGAAUAUGCUGACUCAACCCAGGACAGCACCCGACCGAGUGCAAUUGAAGCGAUGCUUGCACUCUUGCCGAUGACUUUUGCAUGGGCCUUGGCUGUGACCAGGACACGUUGGUGGGUGGCCAGAUCAGUUCACUUCGAACCAUCGCAACGUCGAUGCCUGGCCGGCACGGACCUAUUCAUCAGAAAAGGUGUCGGUGGCAUAGUCGAUGUAGGUGGUGGAGUCGACGUAGGAGAUGAAGUCGGUGGAGAAGGCCAGGCAGGUGGAGCGGUGGGUGCCGAAGGAGAUGGGAAAGUCGAAGGAGCCGGAGACAAUGAGGUAAACGGCAACGAUGUUGGGGAUGAUGUAGACGGCAUGAUCGAAGCUGAAGAAGACCAUGUAGGUGCGUUCGUAGGCUGCGGUGGAACAGGUUACAUGGCUGACUUUAUGGGUGUGAAGCGGGGAGCCUGUAGCAAAUGCAAACACUGCGAUGUCUACCUGUGGCGCCCUGUGAAACUGAGCAGCUGA